UCUGGCUGGAAGAACUACAUUUCCCAGCAGACCCCGCGAGCGUGCGCAUGCCCAGUGGGCCAGGGAAGCGGCGAGCGGCGGCGGCUGGAACGAACAGGGCGGACCCUGGACGCUGGGUCCUGGGGUCCGCGCGCGCUGGGACCACCUCGGUUUGAGAACGCCCGGCGACAGCACCAAAUUAGCCCCCGGGAAACCGACCCUUCGAAUCUCUCAGAUGCCGGCCUCGGCCUGGGGUCCAGGAUGGAAUUCCUGACGCCGCCCCGCCCCCCGCCUGUGCCUCCGGCCAUGGACUUGGAGGAGCCCGGGGGCUCGCUCUCACCCUCUCAGGACGCCCCCCGUGACCUCCAGUGGGCCCCGGCGCCCGGAGGCCCCGGCAGCCUGAGUCACAUGGAACUGGACGGGCCGAGUGUCGAGGACCUCGUGCAGCAGUUUGAGGCCCUGCCGGGUGACCUGGGGGGCCUGUCCCCGGAUGGCCCCCCCUGCCCCCUGCACAUCGCCACCGGCCAUGGCCUGGCCCCCCAGGACGUCGCCGAUGCCCACGGGCUCCUGUCGGCCGAGGCCGGCCGGGACGACCUGCUGAGCCUUCUGCGCCUCGAGGAGGCCGUUCCUUCCCGGUCGUAUCCCGAGGAGCCCCCGGACCCUGCUCCCCACCUUCUGCAGCCCCCCGAGGACCCGGAGGAGGAGAGCGGCCCCCCGGAGUGGGCAGAGGGAGCUUCUGCCGAGCAGGGGGGCAGCAGGAGCUCCAGCAGCUCCCCGGAGCCCUGGCUGGAGACUGUGCCCUUGGUGGCUCCUGCAGGGCCACCCACCGGCGCCCAGAGCCCGGCCACCCCGGCGUCCCCUGCGUCCCGCCCUGCCCUCCAGGAGGCGCCUGGACCCUGUGACUACGAGGACCUCCUGGACGGUGUCAUCUUCGCGGCCAAGUACCUGGGCUCCACGCAGCUGCUGUCCCCGCGGAACCCGCCGCCCAGCGCGCGCAUGGCACAGGCCCAGGAGGCCGUGGACCGCGUCAAGGCCCCCGACGGGGAGACGCAGCCCAUGACGGACGUGGACCUCUUCGUCUCCACCAAGCGGGUCAAGGUCCUGACGGCCGACUCCCAGGAGGCCAUGAUGGACCACGCGCUGCAGACUAUCUCCUACAUUGCCGACAUUGGCAGCAUCCUGGUGCUCAUGGCGCGGCGGCGGGCACGGCGGCCCCCACCCCCGGCGGGCGGCCCGCGGCUCUGCAAGAUGCUGUGCCACGUCUUCCGCGCCGACGACGCCCAGCUCAUCGCCCAGGCCAUCGGCCAGGCCUUCGCGGUGGCCUACAGCCAGUUCCUGCGCGACAGCGGCCUGGACCCCGGCCAGGUGGCCGCGCGGCAGGGCCAGGGGGCCGUGGGCCCGGGCCACCUGCACAACGGGGACCUGGAUCACUUCUCCAACAGUGACAACUGCAGGGAGGUGUGCAUCGAGAAGCGGCGCGGCGAGGCCCUGGGCGUGGCUCUGGUGGAGUCGGGCUGGGGGUCGCUGCUGCCCACGGCCGUCAUCGCCAACCUGCUGCACGGCGGCCCAGCCGAGCGCUCGGGCGCCCUGAGCAUCGGGGACCGCCUGACCGCCAUCAACGGGGCCAGCCUGGUGGGGCUGCCCCUGGCCGCCUGCCAGGCCGCCGUCCGCGAGGUGAAGUCGCAGACGCUGGUGACCCUGAGCAUCGUGCAUUGCCCGCCGGUCACCACGGCCAUCAUCCGCCGGCCGCACGCCCGCGAGCAGCUGGGCUUCUGCGUGGAGGAUGGCAUCAUCUGCAGCCUUCUGCGCGGGGGCAUCGCCGAGCGCGGGGGCGUCCGCGUGGGCCACCGCAUCAUCGAGAUCAACGGGCAGAGCGUGGUCGCCACGCCGCACGCGCGCAUCAUCGAGCUGCUCACCGAGGCGCACGUGGAGGUCCACAUCAAGACCAUGCCGGUCGCCACCUACCGCCUGCUCACCGGCCAGGAGCAGCCCGUGUACCUGUGACGGCCGCCGUCGCUGCCACCGCUGUGCCUUAGCCCCCCGCCCGGAACCUUCCGUGGUGGCCGGGCCCCCGGGACCCCCAGCCCUCCGUUAUGUCGGAUGUAAAAAAUUAAAUGUUUAUCGAACGGG